AUGACCCCACCCCCCACCCGCCCCCGCGCUGCGCUCUGUCGCUUCGCAGCCGCUCUCGAGCAGCAACUGACCCAAGCGCAGCUCCACGAGGGCGAGGCCUGGUACCUCGUGUCCAUUCCGUGGUGGAAGCGCGUGCUGGGGACGCCCAGGAGCGACGAGAGCGACGGCCAAACCGACGACGACUCGGACGACGAGAAAGCGGGUUUUGCUCGCGAAAACGGCGAUUUUGCCGUGCAAAACGCCGCGUUGCUGGAGCUGGAGCUGAGCUCUCGUGUGCGACACGUCACAGUGCUGCGACCCAUGCUGGUCGAAGGGACCCAUUUUCGGCUUGUGCCUCAACACGUGUGGAACCGAUUGGUUGAUACUUUUGGCUGUGAUUGGGAGAUCGCGAGACCCGUGGUGGCGACCUUGACGACUCGAGUGGUGGACGUUCAUUUGAUUGCGUUUGAGGUGCUGGUGUGGCAUUCAGGACUUGCAGAACCGACAGAGUUGGUGGAUAGAGAGCAGAAAGCAGUGAUCCUGUCGGUCUGUAAGACGUGCUCGCUGCACGAUUUGCAGCUACAAAUCUGGGAAACGGCCGAGAUGGAGUUGAGAAAAACGUUUCCAAACGUGACUGAGACGACAAUAAGUCAAGUGGUACAAGUAUGUUACAAAGCGAGAGAGGGCUCGCCUUGGAUGCGAUUGAUUGAUGCAGUAAGCAGGGAGGACAACGAGAGAACGAGUACUGGCUUUACGAGUGCAACAGGUCCGGAUUUGAUGGUAAAGAAUAUGACCGUAGAGGAUCUGCAGCUAGAACUGCGAGAUUAUAAGCCUGGGAAGGAAAAGCUGCACUAUUUGCUGGUUGAAGGGCGAUUUGCAGAUACAAAAGAGAGCAGGGAAUCUGAUUGGCGACAUGGAAAGUUUUAUAGUGAGAUUCAGGCAGACGCGUGGAGAUUUGCAUUAGAAAAGAACCAGCUCAUUGAUGCGCUUGAUACGGACCACAGAUGGUACGAAUCUCGCGUGAUUGAUUUGGACCCUUUUAGGGUAUACGUGCAUUUUCGGGGGUGGACGGCUAAAUGGGACGAGUGGAUCAAGCGUACAUCAACGCGUAUUGCACCGUUGCACACUAAGGUUCCGAACUGGCGCGAUUUUCAGGUUGGUGACGAAAUUCUUGUGGGCAGGGAAGUAGAUGAUAGGCCCUUUCCAGAGUGGCGAAUUGCCAAUGUUAUCGAUCGCCAAAGGGCCAUCAACGACGACUCGCUCCGGAUUCAGAUCAAUGUGGAUGGUGUGAGGCGGUGGAUCGAUGCACAGGAUGAACUACUAUGUCCGGUGGGCACGCACAAGGCAGUCAAUGCUUCUGGAGUUGACAAGUCGCACGUGCCUUCUUUUGUGCCUGCAAGUUCUAUAUCGCGAUACGGACAGGACUACGAUGCUGAACGAGGUCGUCCAGAAUUCGAGGGCGUUGUCGGGCUUUCUAAUUUAGGGAACACGUGUUUCAUGAAUAGCAUGUUGCAGUGCUUGAUCAACACAUCGCCGCUUCGAGAGUAUUUUCUUAUGAAGGAUCCCGUGACGGGGAAACCCUUUUUUACAAAGGAGAUCAACCGAGAUAAUCCGCUAGGUAUGAAAGGUAUCAUGGCGGUUGACUUUGCGAGCUUGUUACGCAAGAUGUGGAGCAACGAAUUCAAAACUGUCACUCCAACUAAAUUGAAAUCUGUGAUCGGCCAGUAUGCACCCCAGUUCGCAGGGUAUCAACAGCAAGAUAGCCAAGAGCUUAUGAACUUCUUAUUAGAUGGCUUACAUGAAGACCUAAAUCGUGUCAAGUCGAAGCCGUAUACUAAGCCUGUGGAGCGAAAAGGUCGUAGUGAUCUGGAAGUAGCGCAAGAGGAAUGGAAACAAUUCUUGCGUCGUAACGACAGCAUUAUCGUGGACAACUUCAUGGGGCAGCUUCGAAGUCACGUGACGUGCUCAAAUUCUGCUUGCGGGAAUGAGUCGAUCACUUUUGAUCCCUACAUGAGUUUGUCGGUGCCGAUUACAACCAACGAAACACUUACGAUAGAAGUGCAGUUGUUCUGGGCCAAUGGCAACAUCCCGAUGAAGUACGCUAUGCGUCUUCCGAAACACGGUUGUUCUCUACGAGAUGCAAAGGUGAAAUUGGGCGAGCUUGCAAGUAUUCCUAUCUCGCGAAUUAUCUUCGUCGAGGUAUGGAAUCAUCGAAUUCUUAAAGCCUAUUCCGACAAGAUGCAUAUCGACCGCCUGCGUAACGGCGUCUUGCACGCAUACGAGCUAGAAUUGCCGAUGACAGACUACUCGUUCUCAUCACCUGCGAUCCGCCCUCUGCAUAGCCACGAAGGAUUGGGCACGACAGUAUCCGAGCCAGUAGCAGGAAAGCGAAUGCACCUAGUAGAGCUGCUGCACUUGGCUCCUGUUGCGUCACCAGUGGGUGGGCGAAAUGAUGCCAAUGGCAAACGGGGCGAAGACCGAUAUGGAUCGAAGCAGCGGCGAGUAGAGGUCGAGCUAUUCAACACGCCGCUUCUUGUGUCGAUCGGCCAGAAAUGGACAAAAGCUGAAAUCCAUCGAAAAGUAUGGCAGAUUGUGCAUCGCCUCGUAGCCACCAAGAAAUCUGGAAAUGACUCUGGAACUGAUUAUGGCUGUCGCAGGGACCAGCAGUUACCAUAUCGUUUGCACGUGACAGACCCUAAGGGUGCCACCAUUUUUAUGAGUGACCUGUCCCGCGAUGACGAUGCUGUGGAUGUUCCCGAUAGCACGAGUACGCCAUUUAGGUUUACGCUUGAGUGGAAACGCAAUGGCUACCACCGAGGAUACGAUGAAACGUCAGCAAAGCGAGUAGCACUUCACCAGUCGAUGGAAAGCCUGAAAAUAUCGCCGGUGCCCGACCCCAUCACGUUACGAAGUUGCUUGACGAAGUUUACGGAAUGUGAGCAGCUUGGUGAAGCGAAUACGUGGUAUUGCCCCAAGUGCAAAAAGCACGUGCGCGCGUUCAAGAAGUUUGACCUCUUCUCGCUUCCCAAAGUCUUGAUUUUCCACUUGAAGCGCUUUCGGUAUGCACAGAACUCGUUUUAUUUGCAUCGUGACAAGAUUUCGACACUGGUAGAGUUUCCUGUCGAAGGCCUGGAUCUCUCGGAGUUUGUGAUCGGACCGCAAAAUGGUUUGAAGCCGAUCUACGAUCUGUAUGCAGUAUCCGAACACGUGGGUGGUCUAGGUGGCGGUCACUACACUGCUGUUGCGAAGAAUCCGGAAAACAAACGCUGGUUCAACUUCAACGAUAGCCACACGAGUCAGACGUCAGCAGAGAAUGCCGUGUCAUCGCGAGCAUAUGUGCUGUUUUAUAUUCGUCGUGACCAGGUUUAA